GCCAACCAACCAACCAACCAGGCAACCUGUCCAUCACGCCAGCACGCCGCGCGCGACGACCCUUGAAGGCUCGAGCUUUGACACCGGACGCCCGCGCCGACGACCCGGCCGACCAUGGCUCUCGCUCCCACGCCACCUCCGCCGGCGCCGCAGCGGCCGACGAUGCGGCACUCCUCAGCGUUCCUCCUUCCUCUGCCGUCCUCCUCCUCCUCGCCCGCGCCUGGCGGCGGCCCCGCCGACGCCAGCGUCGCGCUCGUCGUCCUCAACCAGCCGCUGCCCCGCUUCGCGCCCCUCCUCUGGUCCCGCGCGGCGGUAAGGGUGUGCGCGGACGGCGGCGCCAACCGCGUCUUCGACGGCAUGCCGGAGCUGCUCCCCGGCCAGGACGCCGUCGAGGUCCGCGAGAGGUACAAGCCAGAUGUAAUCAAAGGGGAUAUGGACUCAGUACGACCAGAAGUGAAGGAAUAUUAUUCCAACUUGGGCACCAAAAUUGUUGAUGAGUCACACGAUCAGGACACCACUGAUUUACACAAGUGUAUAGCUUUUAUAGCUAAGAAUUCACCUGUUGCAGGCAAAUCUAACAUCUGCAUCCUUGUCCUUGGUGCCUUAGGAGGCAGAUUUGACCAUGAGAUGGGAAAUAUCAAUGUGCUUCAUCUCUUCCCAAACAUCAAUAUCGUCCUCCUAUCAGAUGAUUGUCUGAUCUUUCUGCUUCCAAGAACACACAGCCAUGAGAUCCACAUUGAACGAUCAAUCGAAGGCCCCCACUGUGGGUUGAUCCCAAUUGGCAUGCCAUCGACAAGCACCACCACCACCGGACUCCGGUGGAAUUUAGAUAAUAACAGUAUGAGCUAUGGAGGAUUGAUCAGCACGUCAAACAUCGUGGAGGAGGACAAGGUGACAGUUACCUCUGAUUCUGACCUUAUCUGGACAAUAUCGCUCCAGAAAUGAAUAUUCAGAGUAGGAUUAUCUGUACCAAUCCAAGGUUCCUAUUUUGUCUCGUGUUUCACACCACGGAGAUGUACCUGACUACCACGAGCAGAUAGGACAAUAUAUUCCGUUGCCUUCAAUGUUGCAAACCUGAUGUAGAGUUAAUAUAUGUAAUUUGGCAGUUCUGGUAACAAGAUAUGGCUGUGCUUGCAAAAAGUUCAACUA